AUAUGUUGAAAUUGUAUCGAUCUUUUCUCACAUACCGUUGUCAAAUUGAUCUUAUGUUCUAUCAUAUUUACAUUUUCUUUUAUCUUUAGUGACUUGUGGUGAUGAAGAUAAUGCUUGUUAUGUAUUUUCUACAAAUACAAAUAAAACAUCGGGUGCAUAUGGUGCUAUGUUUAAAGAACCAGAUAGUGUCAAUUUAAUCAUGCUUUUCAAUGCAUGUGUUCAAUUACGUAAUGAACGUGCAAUAAAAAUUAAGAAUAAAUUUCUUCAUCAAAUACCAAAACUAUCCACCAAUACUAAUCAUGUAAUUAAUUCAUUUUUAAAUAUGUUGGUGAAAUUCGGCGAUAUAUCAAAUGCAGAAAAUGUUUUUGCACAAAUCAAGACAAAAUAUAUUAUUACUUAUGCUAUUAUAAUACAAGAUACAUUUGAACAAAUGCCCUUCAAACCAAACGAAGUUAUUCUUAUUGUUCUUUUUAAAAUUUGUAGUAAACUUCUAAAUGAACCAGCAUUAAUAUUAGCUAAGAGAGUGUUCGAUGAAAUGUCAAAAACAUUUUAUCAAAAUUCUGCUUUACUUAAUACAUAUUUACAGAUGGUGGUGAAAUUUGGUGAAAUAUCAAAUGCAGAAAAUUUUUUUACUCAGAUUGAAAUCAAUGAUUCUAUCAAUUAUAGAGUGAUGAUGAAUGGCUAUAAUAUGAAUAAUAGACCAGAACAAUGUUUGAAAUUUUUUAAACAAAUGCAACAGAAAAAUAUUGUAGCUGAUGAACUUACAUUUACAAUUAUUCUUAGUGCAUGUUCACAAAUCGGCUUGUUAUCAAUAUGUGAACCAAU